AAGCGAACACCUGAGGCGGCAAAAAAAACACCACAUCCUCGUUGACUCUCUUGUCUUCGCCUUUCCAUCGCCGUUGAUUCGCCGUUUCCCUGCGGACUUAUUGACGUUCGGUCUGUGGUUUUCAGUCACCAUCUUUCUCAGCCUCCUCUAUCAUCGCUGCUUCAGGUUUCCUUGUCAUCCUUAGGAAGGUACAGGCAUUAUGUACAAGAUCUUGACAUUGAACCACAAGUGAAGAGUUUCAGAGCUUACUAAGAUACACAAAGGCUCAUCAACCCAUAACUCAUAAUGGUUAUUCUCUCUGAACUCCUCUCAGAAGGAUCUUCAUCUUCUUCAUCAACUAGUGGUCAUAGUUCAUCAACUGAUGGUCUUAGAUAUGAUGUAUUUUUAAGUUUUAGAGAUGUUGACACUCGUCAAAGUUUCACUGAUCACCUUCAUCAGGCCCUCAUUGAAGCCAAUAUCAGUACCUUCUUGUAUGAUGAAGAGAUUGAAAUAGGGGAAGAUCUUGAACCGGAAUUGGAGAGUGCAAUUAAGGCAUCUCGUGCUUCUAUUAUUGUGAUGUCUAAGAAUUACGCUUUUUCAACAUGGUGCCUCGAUGAAUUGGUGUUGAUCCUUGAGCAGUGUAUCACAUCCAACCAUAUUGUUAUUCCAAUAUUUUAUCAUGUGGAGCCUACCCAUGUCAGGAAGCAGCAAAGUAGCUUUGGAGAUGCAAUGGCUAAGCAUAAAAAGACCAUGGAGGCAGAACAAAAUGCACAUAAAAAAAUUCAAUGGGCUCAAAAGAUGGACCUAUGGAAUAAAGCACUUAUAGAAGUAGCUAAUUUAAAAGGAAAGGACGUCAAUGGAAGGCUAGAGACAGAGUUUAUUGAAGAAAUUGUGAAGGACAUCCACCGUAGAUUACAUGUACCCUUAAGAAGUACUCAACCUUUAUUUAUUGGGAUGGACUAUCAUAUUAACUUUGUCACUUCAUGGUUGAAAGACGGAUCCACACAUAUGGUAGACGUACUCACUAUUUCGGGUAUGGGUGGGAUCGGGAAGACAUAUUUAGCCAAACAUAUCUAUGGUCUAUAUUCUCAUGAAUUCCACAAAAGCAGCUAUAUUGAAGAUAUUAGUAAGGUUUGUGAUGGAAAGUUUAACGGGUUGCUUGAUUUACAAGAACAACUAUGCAAUGACAUUUCAAAAACAAGUUCAAUUAAAGUUCAUGUCGCUUCAGUAUACACCUCAAAGAUAGAAAGUGCAGUAGCCCGUAAAAGGGUGUUUCUUGUUCUUGAUGAUAUUAGUACGCGUGAUCAAUUGGAUGCAUUACUUGGGAGCAAAGGUUUUCAUCCCGGAAGCAAAAUAAUUAUUACCACAAAGGACAAGCGUUUGACAAAGAGUUGUGCACUAUUCAAAACAAACAUUGAACCCAAACAUAAAAAGCUUUUGCUUCAAGGCUUAAAUGAGACCGAAUCAUGGAAACUUUUAUGUCUCCAUGCAUUCAAAUGCAAUUAUCCCAAGAAAGGUUACAAGGAGGUGUCAUAUAAUCUUGUGAAGUAUUGUCAAGGACAUCCAUUGGCUCUUGAGUUAUUGGGCAAAUCUCUAUAUGAUCGAGAUGUAACUUAUUGGGAAGGUUGCAUAGAAGGGUUAAAGACAGAAACAGAUUCUCAUGUAAAUAAUGUCUUGAGAAUGAGUUUUAACUCUUUGCCAUCCAAAAAUGAUAAGGACUUGUUUAAGUAUAUUGCUUGUUUUUUUGUUAGAGUAGAUAAAGAUGUUGCUGAAACAAUAUUAAAGGCAUGUAAUAUAAACAUACGAUCUGGAAUACCUAAUCUCCUCGAUCGAUUCCUUCUGAGUAUCGGAGGGAAAAACGAAUUAAAGAUGCAUCAGUUGGUUCAAGAGAUGGGAAGAUUCGAAGUACGUCAAGAAUCACCUGAAAAGCCAUGGAAGCGAAGUCUAUUAUGGUGUCAUGAGGAAUCAUUCAGAGUAUUAAAACAAAAAAAGGGUAAAGAAAAUAUUUUAGGCCUUGCCCUUGACAUGCGCAUGAUUGAGAAAGAGAAGUUGAAUGCAUCGUAUGAGCUGAAAACAGAUAGAUUAAGUAACAUGGAUUGUCUGAUGCUACUACAACUCAAUUAUGUAAACAUGAAUGGGCCUUAUGAGAACUUUCCGGAGGAAUUAAGAUGUUUGUGUAUGCAUGGGUUCCAUUUAAAGUCUAUACCUUCAGAAUUACCUAUGGAGAAUCUUGUUGCUCUUGACAUGUCAUAUAGCAAUAUUGAAUCAUUUAUCGGUUGCUAUAGUAAUCCACAACGACUCGAGAAGAGGCAAAAGUUGGAUGGAUUAUGCUUAAAAAAUAAAAGGUUGCUUGGAUCAUUGAAGGUUCUAAAUCUAAGUUUUUGUAAACAACUUUUUAGUCUUGGUGACUUUGACCAACUCCCAGCUCUUGAGAAGUUAAUACUUAGAAAUUGCACUGGUUUGCUUGAGGUUUGUGAAUCAAUUGAGCAGUGUGUUGAACUUUCCCUCAUCGAUCUAAGCUACUGCAACCAGCUUAAAAACCUUCCAAGAAUCAUAGGCAUGUUAAAGAAGGUUAAAACAAUGUUGCUAGAUGGUUGUAAUCUCGGUGAAUCUCAAACUGAGAAUACAAAUUUAGAUAUUAAUUCACUGGAAAUGUGCAAUGCUAACAAAAUCAUUAGCAUAAGCACAACAACCUCCUCCUCCGCCUCUAUGGGUGCAAUACCAAGCCAUUUGAAGUUUUUUUCAAGUUCUUUGCUGAGAUCUCUAGUAAGGUUGUCGCUUGCAAAUAAUAAAUUAUCCACUGAAGCCUUUCCUACAGACUUCAAUUGUCUGUCCUUGUUAAAGGAAUUGUAUUUAGAUAACAAUCUGAUCCAUUCCAUGCCCAAUUGUGUGAGAACCCUUCCUAGGAUUGAGAUACUUAGCAUGGAGAAUUGUAAAAAAUUAAAGAUAGUCGAACAUCCUCCACGCACACUAAGAGCGAUGCGGUUAUAUUCUCGUCACAAAUCUUUAGAAAAAGUUGUAUUUGAUCCGCAAAUGUCCUCACUAUGGUUGGAAUAUAUUUUGAGACAUCCACCAUACGGGUCGUAUGAAAUUGAAGGCAUGUUGAAAAUCCAAGCAAUGAUGGGUGUUGAAGGAAAGGUAUUACGCAGCUUAGGCUGGAAUAAGUUAGACUUCCUUAACAACAGGCAUGUGGGAACUAAUUCUUGGGAAUAUGAAAUCCAGAUGUUCUAUGAAUUUGGAAUAUUCAGCACAGUGUAUAAGGCAGAGGAGAUGCCGAGUUGGUUUAUCUAUAGGAGCUUGGGGCCAUCAAUAUCGUUUAUCAUACCAUCAUCAUCAUCUCCAAACAACCUCCUUACAGGACUCAACUUCUGUUCUCUACAGACAACGCGAGUUUUGGAUGAGUGGCCAACAAAUCUAUUUGAUGGUCAUUUCCCCCUUACGCCAGUGAUCACAAUUAGUAAUAUAACAAAGAACCGCAUGUGGAUAUAUGAGCGUUACUUGGACAGAUGUACUGCAGGUGGAAAGUAUUGUUCUGUGGUGUUAUGUCAUUGGAUGUUUGGGAUGAAUGAGUUGGAGGGUGGAGACCAUAUUACUAUUACUGUUACACUGCCAUUUCAUCAAGUUGUAAAGGAGUGUGGGGUGAGUCUUGUGUAUAAUGAUGAAGAAGAAGGAGAAGAAGAUGCGUUGGGUUAUUACAAGUCAUGGAAUCACAUAAUUGGUGGAGAUCUCUCUCCUUUUCAAACAACAACAGGACAAUACAUCCUAAACAAUGACAGAUUCUUUACUUAUAGCAUUAGAUUGUUUCCCUAUCAUCGUAAAUUCAUUCCAGAAGGCCCCAGCUAUCAAGAAAAAGAAAGAAAUAUGGUUUAGAGCAUUAUCACCAAGGAAACCUUAAACUGUCACACACAUGUGAGGUAUACUUUUUGAAACGGAAACCUUUCUUUAGUCACAUGAAUAAAAAGCAUAUAGAACCAAACAUUUUAUCAUGAAAGUUCUUGAUUGGUCUACUCUAGGAUGUAACAAAAUAAAUGACAUAUAACCUUGCAAUGUAUACAUGAAAAUGGCCACAUCAAAAUGUUGUUGGGGCAUGAAAUUUGUGUAAUGUUUCUUUUAAAUAUUUACAUCCAAACCUCUCAUCCUUACUCACGAGGAGCAUGUCAAACAACUAGGCUAACUUUUACGGUCCUAUGGAGU